CAUAACGACGCCGUUUGUCUAUGUCAAUCAAAUUCGAAGCCAUCGCUUCAGUAUAGAACGUCAGGCUGCGAUUGUUAUCCGAGAAAGUCAAAAAAUGAGAACCAGAAAUGCAGACGCUGCAAAAACACCUGUAACCCCUAAAAAGACGAUGCCGGCUAGAAAACCCGCCGCCAAAUCCACUCCUUCUACGACGGUUUCAGAGUCCACUACUCCUAAAACCAUCUCCGCAAAACGCAGCGUUUCUGCCAAAGCUAAGCAAGCUAAAAUCAUCAACAACGAUGCCACCACUCUCUCAACUAUUGCCCCCGCUUCUGAUUCAAAACCUGAACAACCUACUACAGUUGAUGAAACUUUAGUAACACCAGAAGGGAAAAUUGGGCCGAAAAAGAGAACUAUAGUGAGGAAAGUAGUCAAGAAAGUAGUAAAGAAAGCCGCGGCAAAGGCUAAAACUCCGAUUGGUGUAGAUGAUGUUGCUAGUGCGCAGACGCCGAAGGUGGAGGAAGAAACUGUUAAGGAUAAGGAUGAAGAAAGUAUGAAGGAGAAAGGUGAAUGUGUGAUUGAGGUGGCUGAAGAAUCUGUUAAGGAAGAAGAAAUAGCUAGUGGAGUAGGAGAACUUGUUGUUGUUGAGAAUGUCGAAGAGUCUGCCGAGAAGGGAAAAGAGAAUACGGAAAGGGCAGUAGAAACUUUAGGAGGAGAUACUAAAGAGGAGGAAGAAAAUGUGAUGGCUGUGGAUGUGCAUUCUAAUGACAUUAUAGAGGACUCCAAGGAUCAAGAACCGAGCAUUGUAGAUGAAGGAGAGGAAGUCAAUGAAGAGACCAUAGAGGUUGAGAUUAAGGAGGAUGCAAAAAUUGAGGCUAUUGAGACUGGAGCGAGUAAAGAUAAGUUACAAGGAGAAGAUAAUCAACCUGUGCAGGAUGAGUAUGGUGGUGAUGAGGGAUAUGAGGAGUAUGCUGAUCGAGUUGAUCUUGAAGAUCAUGGGGAUGAUGAUUUUGUAGAAGAAGAUCCAGAGGAAUUUAUUGAAGAAACUGGGGCAUUGGAAGAGGAACAGAAGGAACUAACAGCUGCUGUUAAGGAGCGCAAAAGUAAGAAAGAAUAUGAGAUAUUUGUUGGUGGCUUGGAUAGGGAAGCUACAGAGGAAGAUGUGAGAAAGGUCUUUGAGACGAUUGGUGAAGUUGUUGAAGUUAGAGUGCAUAGGAAUCUUUUAACAAAUAAAAGCAAGGGAUAUGCAUUUGUGAAGUUUGCAAACAAGGAGCAUGUAAAGUGUGCUUUGUCAGAAAUGAAAAAUCCUGUGAUUUGUGGAAAGAGGUGUGGUACUGCACCAAGUGAGGACAAUGAUACUUUGUUUUUGGGUAAUAUAUGCAAUACAUGGACAAAGGAAGCAAUUAGACAAAAGUUGAAGGAUUAUAGUGUUGAAGGUGUUGAGAACAUCACUCUUGUUGCAGACGUUCAACAUGAAGGCAGGAGUCGUGGUUUUGCAUUUCUUGAGUUCUCUUGCCAUGCUGAUGCCAUGCAUGCGUACAAGAGGCUUCAAAAGCCUGAUGUUGUAUUUGGUCAUCCAGAGAGAACCGCCAAAGUAGCAUUUGCAGAACCCAUACGUGAGCCUGAUCCAGAAGUAAUGGCCAACGUGAAGACCGUAUUUCUUGAUGGGCUUCCUCCUCAUUGGGAUGAAGAUCGUGUGAGGCAGCACUUGCAUGGUUACGGGGAGAUUGUCCGAAUUGUCCUGGCUCGAAAUAUGUCAACUGCUAAGAGAAAGGAUUUUGGAUUUGUUGAUUUCUUAUCCCAUGAAGUCGCUAUUUCUUGUAUUGACAGAAUAAACAACACAGAAUUUUUUGAUGGGAGCAUAAAGACAAGAGUGAAAGCAAGGCUGUCAAAUCCGAUGCCUAAAACUCAGGCUGUUAAGGGUGGAAUGUGUGGUGGUUUUCUGAUAGAUAGGGCUGGCGGUGGAAGCUCUUCAAGAUUUGGAGGAAGAAAUUUUGGCCGUGGUGGACAUCACAACUGGGGAAAUUUCCAGCGCGGUAGAGGUUUUUACCAACAGGGACGUGGUCAAUCUAGUAGAACGGGCCCCAAUGGGCAUGAUUUUAAUAACAGAUAUAUGGCAUCACAGGGUAGGCCAUUCAAUGGGCAAGGAGGAAGAAGGGGCUCUUUCAGAGGCGGUUAUCAUCCUGAUGGCAGAGGUUUUGGUGGUAAUGGUCCAUCAAGAACAAAUUUCAAUAGACCUUGGUAUGAUGCCCCUGAAAGAGGGCACGCAGACCAUGCUUCCUCUAGGAGGCAGCCAUUUCCUCAAGAAGAAGCCUUUGAUAGACCCUAUUAUGAAAGGCAUUUUGAUGAUCCUUAUCUCAAUGAUGGUAGUGCACAUGGGAUGAAGCGGCCAUUUUACAUGACUGAUUAUGAAGCUGAUUAUGCAGAACCUAGUAGGCACAGGCCCCGAUUAGAUUAUACUGAUCCGGUAGUUCCAUUUCGUGGGACACAGUACCGAGAUAUGUAUGGACCAGGCAAUGAUCCUUAUUCUCAAGGUUAUUAUGGGCCUGAUUAUGGUCCAUAUCCACCAUACAGGGGCGAGGCACCAUACAGGGGCGAGGGUCCCUAUAGAGGCGGUUACCACUAUUAGGUCCAUGAACACUUGGAACAGCUGGAUGCAUUCUAUUGGUUACGGGCAAAUGGCUUCUUGUUGAAAAAUUUAGUUGAAGCCACCUUCUUUUGUUUUCAUGGUGUCUUCUUUCUGUUUUUGCUCUCAAUUUUCUCCCUCCCACCCCCACCCCCCUCUCUCUCUCCUCCUAUGACAUGGUGAAGUGUCUAGUUUAGGUCAUGUCUCACAGGACAUAGACUAAGUAUUAUGCUCCCUUUUUGUUGGAGACUUGAUUCGACAUUUAUCUUUUUGAUCUAGAAGGGAACUGCUUGAGGAUUUGCUGGAUGGAUUAUGCAAAACUGCAUGUUUUUUGGUUCCUUACAAGUUGUAAUCAUCAUGGACAAUUAUGCUUGAGAUCCUUAAUUUUUAAGCUGAAUUGGUGACUUCAGUUUAUGGAAGGACAUUUUAAAGCAAGGGGUUUUACUGUGAAAAGUGCAGAAGUUAAAAUAUAAGGAUGCUGAAGAAAUCCAUGCGGAGAUUCCCUUGAAUUUUUGUGACAAAUGAACACUUUUAGAGAUUGUAUGCCUAAGAUGUAGGAACUGUAAAAUCUAAGACCUACUAUCAUAUCCUGAGUAUGCUGUGAUGGUAUAGAAUCUGAAUAAAAAUUGAAGGUUGCUUGAGUUACAAGGGAGCAUUUGAUGUUGAUUUUGAUACCAUAUUUAUGAAUUUUCACUUAUAUUGUUA